AUGUCGUCAAUUGCCGCCAUGGCCUCCCGCCGGGCCUUUGCCCGCCAGUCUGCCUUCCGUGCCCCCGCUCGCCGUUUCUACAGCUCCAAGUUGGAGGAGGCCAGCCUCGACAAGGCUCCUCGUCGUGACCCUGAGCUUUACGUCCUGCUCGGUGUCAUGUCCGGUGCUUUCCUUGCUGCUGGAUGGUACUUCGGCAAGAAGCCCACCUCCGUGAACUCCGAGAGUAACGUGCGCAUUGGCGAGAGCGCCAUGCCUUGGGAGCGUGAGGACGACGGCAAGGUCUACAAGUACCAGUACCACCCUCACGGUGACAAGAGCCAGCCCCUCAGAAACGCCCCCAGCGCUCUGAACACUGUUAUUGUGCCCAAUGUUACUCUGCCGGCUGAUCUCCACGAGCGCUACAACAAGUACGGCAAGGAGGAGUGGGAUUACUAA